CAUCAAACAUGGCUGACAAGGAAAAUACAAACAUGGAAGUCGAUAAGGAAAAGAAUAAACCUUUUACCAACAACGUUAAGCCACUCGUUGACGAGGCUACCCAGGGAACAGGCAACCAAAACAAUGUCGAAAGCAAGAAGGGUGCCGAUGAAAGCAGCGCCACGUCGGAGUACUGCGAGAAGCUGCAGGCGUGGAUGUGGCAGUACUACACAGGAUAUGUGAACUGGCAGAGCUGGCUGGCAGCGUCAGCCAUGUCCUACCCUCAUUAUUUACAGUCAGCCAGCGGGACGUCGACGACAUCUCUUGAUUUAAACUCCCAGCACUGGUACAAUAGUCCGUUUGGUCUUCCGCUGUCGCCUUACCCACCUGCCGUCGCCUCUUCAAGUAGCCGGGUAGGUGAGGCUGCAGGUGGGGCUGCAGUGCCUGGUCAACCGCAGCAGCAGCCACAGGAGAAUGGAAAUGCACAGAGGCCAGGACGUGAGUAUAGCAUUCCUUCACCUCUUCAAAGACUCCUGGCUGAGAUGGUGGAUUUCUUCAUUUUGUUUUUCAUCAAAGCAACUAUAAUCAUCAGUAUUAUGCACCUCAGUGGAAUCAAGGAUGUUUCCAAGUUCGCCAUGCAUUUCAUCGUGGAAGAAAUAGAUGAGGACACAUCGAUGGAGGAGCUACAAAAAAUGAUGCUUGUGGCACUUGUGUACCGAAUAUUAGUGUGUUUUUAUGAGAUCGUAUGCAUCUGGGGAGCAGGAGGUGCCACUCCAGGGAAGUUUCUCAUUGGACUCAGGGUUGUUACAUGUGAUUCAUCAGUUCUGGUCCAACCGAACAGGGUGCUUGUAGUGCCAGCAACUAAUGUCUCUCUGUCUGCAUCAACUGUCCGAGCCUUGAACAAGAACUUUUCAAUUGCCUUCUUUUUCCCGGCCUUCAUCACGCUUCUGUUCUUUCAGCACAACCGGACUGUGUAUGACAUGGUAGCUGGUACAAUUGUUGUCAAGCGCUCCAGGGUCAGAUGACGCUGAAGAGCCCACAAGAGGGUCAGACAAUAAUGCUGAGCAGGCGCUGUGUGAUGUUUUCUGAAAAAUGCCAGCAGAGCUCCUCAGACACCGCCCUUUCAAGGUAUCGUCUGAACAUGCAGGAGCAUUAAGAAGUUGGCAGAGGGGUUGAUACACAUCAGAAUGAACUAUUUGAGUUCCCAACUUGUUUUUGGUUUUUCUCUGACACAUACUGUAUUUCCGCAUGUAUUUCUACAUGCUGCUUUCGGAAUCUGUUCCUGUGCCAAAUUUGUCUCCUCUGAAGACUGGAUAAAUGAUGGUAUAUUCUACCUUUUCAUUAACACAAGAUUUGCCUCUUUGUAAAUACUCUUCCAAACUAAGGGUGAAUGUCUUGGAUCACUCAGUAUUUAAGUUGCUAAUUAUGCAUACAUGAGAUUAUACCUGCAGUAUCUCUUUGUAUUAAAAACUCAUCCUAAGA